AUGUCUGGAAAAGCGCACGGUGGAAAGGGCAAAUCUGGCGCGAAAACCGGCUCGAAUCUAAGAUCAACAACGCACUCAGCGCGCGCUGGACUGCAGUUUCCAGUGGGAAGAAUCAAGAGAUACUUGAAGCGCAACGCGGCUGGCAGAACGCGGGUGGGCUCGAAGUCGGCGAUAUACAUGACGGCGGUGCUGGAGUACCUCACGGCAGAGGUGCUGGAACUGGCUGGAAACGCUGCCAAGGAUCUCAAGGUCAAGCGUAUCACACCGCGCCACUUGCAACUAGCCAUCCGUGGUGACGACGAGCUGGAUACACUGGUGAGAGCCACGAUCGCCUCCGGUGGUGUGCUGCCUCACAUCAACAAGGCGUUGCUGCUGAAGGUGGAGCGCAAGGGCGCGAAAAACUGA